AUGUCUUAUCAAGGUUUAGGAUCAUAUCCGAAUGGCGGAAAUCACAGUGCAACAUUCUUUUCUAGUGCUCAGCCCACUAGGGAAUUUCAAAACCACACGGAAGGCCAGAGUUUACCGUUUACAUUUGACAGACGUACAUUCAAUCCAAACCCUUACCGAAGUCAAUGUAGAAGUACAGAUCUGAACACAAACAUUAACACCUAUAAUAACCAGAAUACGGGGAAUUACCAACUUCAUCGAGGCUCUGUUGGGAUAGGCCAGACCAAUUUCAACAGCAGCAGCCGCCAAGAUCAUUCAACCCCCUCUCAAAACAACUUUCUAGAUCCUCGGCAAGCUCCCGCUCAUGUAGAACCUCUUCAAGUUUCUUCGCAUCGAGCUCCAGUUCCAUCUUCUCAUCCGAAUAGGUUCGGCCAGGUCAAUUUCAACCAUCCAACCAAUCAGCAAGAUAACUUUUCCCACUCUCGGAAUGACUUGAUGGAUCCUGGUCAACUGUCUUCACAAUGUCACCCUUGUGACAGGCGUUCAACCCAGCUGGAUCCUUGUUGCGGUCCUUUAAAACAGUCAGAACAGCGUCUUGGUCUUUCGCAGUAUGACCCGACUAACCCGGAUCCUUUUAACAGGUCCUCGCAAGAUACCUCUCCGUCUACGCCGCAAUACCGACAUCUUGAGUCCGCAGUGACUCCAGCAACCCGUAAGACUCAAAACCGCUCAGAUGUUUCCACUUCAAAUUACCGCUCGGUGGCCGCGCCACGUGUAUCCACACUUCCAAAUCUUCAAGAAGAGCUCCGACGCGGUGAAGAACAGCUUCAGCAUGAGCGUGCCGAGGCAGUCAAAAAUGCUGCCAAGAAACAGGCACGUGCUGAUGCAAAGAAGAAGAAGUCCCAGGGAGCCGCAAGCAACACAAAUCUACUUGAUCCAGACGUAUCCCUUGGGCUUGACUUCUCACAGAUGGAUCGGAACAAAUCUAGGCUUGUCAACCAUGAGGUUCAGAGCGAGCUCGACGACCAGGGAGAAAACUAUUGA